GAACGCCCAAAAGUUAUUGCAAAACAUCCGCUCAGCAGACCAGAGCUCUGCAAAUUGUCCAGCGGGAAGAAGUCGAGGACAUCGCGGCCAUGGCAGAUGGAGCCGCGGCGGUGGAGGAGGGCCUCGGCCCCGCGGGCCCCAGGGGCCCCGCGCCCAGCCCGCUGGUGGCAGUCAGCUUCCAGAAGAACGUCCACCGGAAGGAGAAGUUCCUGGAGGCUGAACCCAAAGCUCUGGGGAUCACUCAGAUUGGCAUGAGCCUGUUCCAGAUCACGUGUGUGGCCGUGUUUCUGUCCCAGGGCCUGAGCGAGAAGUGGACCGACGUGCCCUUCUUCAUCGCCUCUCUGCUGCUCACCAUAGCUGGCAGUGUGGCUGUGGCGGCGGGGAACCUCCACCUGCCAACGCUGCGGGCCUGCUUAGGGAUGCAGAUCGUGGCGUGUGUCGCCUCCGUCUUCAACUUGAUCUGCUCUCUGGUUAAAAUGGAAAUCUCGCCGUACGACUGCUGGAACUAUUACUACGAGUUCAACGCCACUCACAUAGAGAAACCCUGCCACGGCAUCGAGAACACCCACACACACCUGUUUGCCGAGGUCCUGGUCAUCCAGGUGGCGCUGUUGGCCAUCUCCGUCACGCUGGCCGCAUACUGCUGCAAGGUGGUCCACUGCUGCUCGCCGGCGCCCAAGAUGCCGGUGAUCACGGUGCAUGCAGCGCCGGUCCAGUGAGGAGGAGGAGGAGGCGGCGAGGAAGAGGUGAAGAAGAGGCGAGGAGGUGAGGAGGAGACCCGGUUCCAGCUGACGCUGUCUGAUCCAUGUUUUAUAUGAACUAUGGAUCAAAGGCUUUGAUGUGGCUGAUGGUGGAGACCAGAGCUGGAAGAGUCUUUGUGAUGGACGCCAACACGACUGGAAGCUGAUGCUGCUCCAUGGGGAACAUACGUAACAAGCUUUUUAUUAUAAGAGUCAGAGCAACUUUAUAAAGUUCAAUUUUUUUAUGUUUCACUCAAGUGGUUAAAAUAAAGAGAAGAAUCAUGAACUUCAGAGGUUCAAUGAUCUGAGGAGGAGCUGAAGAACGAGUCAGUAUUAUAGUUACAUUACAAUGGAAACACAUAUUCAAUGUGUGUGUUGUGUCUGUCUUCAUCAUGUGUGUUGUGUCUGUCUUCAUCUUCAUCAUGUGUGUUGUAUCUCUCUUCAUCUUCAUCACAGCUGAGUAGUUCUGACUGCUUGCUGUGUGUUUCGGGGUUUUCUGACCCUCUCGUCAGGGUUGGUGGAUGUCUGGUCGUCUGACGUUUUAUCUGCAGUUAAAACAAGUAGUUCUAUAACAUCAUAUACCUUUAUUAAUAUCACACUUCAGAAUGUUGAAGCUUUUACGCGUCUUAAAGAUAAGUUGCUUGUUUACAAAAAUAGAAAGAAGGCGACACGUGAACAUGCCGCUAUCGGAAUGAAUAAAAUCACAAAUGUAUUCACAUGAAUGCUUUUCUGAACAUGUCUGGGUUCAGAUGAUUUAUUACUUAAUGGUCACAUAUAAUGCUUUACUGAUGAUUCCUUUGGGAUUGCAACUAACAUUUAUGGAAAAUAAAAACUGUAUUUUAAGUGUU